AUCUGUAUACGAUAACAAAAUACAGAGAAGAUACUUUAUUAAACACACAUCAAAAAAUUAAAACUGAGCAAUGGGGCUAGAAUUCAAACGUCAAAACACUAUCAAAAAGAGCCCUCUACCCCAGUAUCCUGUGAAAUGAGAAGGAUGUGAUGGUAAGACAAGCCUUUUGCACCUCUGUUGGUGAUUUGGAAUGAGAAGCAUUUCCAUUCACUGCCAAUGAAUGGACCAAAUCAAGAACACUGAGUUUAGAUUUCUCGCUCAUCUCUAAAGCUUUAAGUAGAAGAAGCAUUCUGCUCCCAAAAGCAGGUGUAAAAGACCGAUUUAGUGAAUGGACAUUUUCAUAUCCUAGCAGACUCUAAAAAGGAAAAAAUAAUUUCCAAAAGAUAUGUCAGCCAUACACUGCAGACAGGAACGAGUAUGAGCCAAAAGCACAGCAGAGGUCCACAACAGCUGGGGCACAAAUGGGUGGCAGCCAAGGCUAUGCUGUCCUGCAACCUUGGAGCUCCUGUCUGCAGCAGGGCAGAGGGGAAAAGUGCAGCAGAAGCAGAAAAUGAGCUGUAGCCCAAGCCAUAAUACAUGUUGGCAAUAAAACAAUGUUUUAGCUGUUUAACCUGAGCUACCCUUUUUUCUUUUCAAAGAUUUAUUUUAGAAUAACUGUAAUCAACAAAACCUAAGGCAAGGCACAGCUGUAAUCACUCCUUGCAUCAUCUCUUGCAAUUUUGGGGGGAAUUAGAUGAAACUCAGCAUAAGGAAAACCAUUUCAACCUUUUUGAGAAAACAAGACUUGAGAUGAACUGAACUAAAUGGCACACCAGUGCCAUGUCAUGCGGUGCACCUGGCAGCGGUGUCGUGCCAGGCCAGCUGCAAAAUGAACCGCCUUUGGAGCUUCAAAUCUUGUUAUGUAGUGCCAUCUUGAGGCCUUGGAAAAUGAAAAGCAUUUUACUAUCUGAGUACAGUUUUUUUCUGGUUGUAGCUGGAGCAGUCCGUUCUUCAGGGUGUACAAUCAAGUGCAUUCAGCUGGGUUUGUGAACAGAAGAUGGGGAUGGACUCACCUGGCUGGAGCACCACUGGUUCUUUCCCUGCUUCCUGUAGCACCAGCUCUCUGAAACGCCUUUCCCAGAAACAGUUCACCUAUUUUCAUGGCAUUUAAAACCCCCAGCGAUAGACAUCACACUGGCACUGCAGAUGAGAUUGAAGACCACAGCACAUGGCUGCUCCUCUUCUCUGACAAGGCACACAUAGCUGCUCCUCUGCCCUGUGGUGCCUUGAGAGGUGGCAAAGCAGGGAGCUGGUGCCAUGUGUGCCACCAGCCCCCAGCUACUCUAGAUAUGGUGGUUUGAUAGCUUAGGUGGCUGGUGGCCACAUCUCUGCCAUCUCCAGCACUGGUGGGGGCAGUGGCUCAGGAAUGGUGUUUUCCAUGGCAAUAUUGUGCCAUGAUGGAGCAGCAGUCACCCUGUGCCUGAUUUUGGGCUGCAAGAGCUGGUCACGGGGCCAGAGAGGGCAGGCAGCAGGACAGGAGUCACAGGCUGGAGUAAAAACAAGGCAGCAGAGGAAAGUUUAGAGAAAUAACCUGAUGGACCACAUGGGGGGAGAGCACAACAGACACCAGGGAGCUGGGGUACAUUGAGGGGCAGCAUGGACUGUCCAUGGCACCUCACCUGCCAUACUAUGCCUGCAAAGGGAAGAGUGGUCGGGUCUUGGGGUGACACUGGGGGGCUGAGGAAAGGGGUCUGAGCAGUGGAGCACAGAGGGAUGGGGGUGCCCAUGGAGGGAUACAGCCCUGUGAAGCUGGAGGUAGCAGGUCCCACAUGGCACCAGUGUGUUUGUGGGGACAUGUCUGGUCCUUUGAUACCAUCUCCCAUGGCAUACUCCUGGAAGAGCUCGCAGCCCAUGAUUUAGACAGGUGCACUCUUCACUGGGCUAAGAACUGGCUGGAGAGGUGGGCCCAGAGAGUGGUGGUAAAUGGUGCUGCAUCCAGCUGGGAUCCAGUCACUAGUGGUGUCCCCAAGGAUACCAUAUGGCCCAGUUCAAUUCAAUAUACUUAUUGAUGAUCUGGGUGAGGGGUUGAUGGUACCAUUAGCAAAUUAGCAGACAACACCAAGUUGGGUGAGAGUGCUGAUCUGCUGGAGGGCAGGAAGGCUAUCUGGGCAGGCUGGAUUGGUGAGACAAGUGGCAUGAGGUUCAACAAGACCAAGUGCCAGGUCCUGCACUUGGGUCAUGACAACCCCAUGCAGCCCUACAAGCUGUGGCAGAGCGGCUGGAAAGCAGCUCAGCAGAAAGGUUCCUGGGGUGCUGGUCAACAGCUGCUGAACAUGAGCCCAGGUGACCAGGGAGGCCAAUGGCAUCCUGACUUGUAUCCAGAAUAGUGUGGCCAGCAGGAUCAGGGCAGUGAUUGUCCCCCCGUACUUGACACUGAUAAGGCCACUCCUUGAAUGUUGUGUCCAGUCCUGGGCCUUUCUAUUCAGGAAAGGCUUUGAGGUGCUGGAGUGUGUCCAGAGAAAGGAAAUGGAGCUGGUGAAGAGGCUGAAGCACAACUCAUCUGAGGAGUGGCCGAAGGAGCUGGGGUCUAGCCUGGAGAAAAGGAGGCCUUGGGAGGACCUUCUCGCUCUCAACAACAGCCUGAAAGGAGGGUGUAGCCAGAUGAUGGUCCAUUUCUUUCCCAGGCAGCCAGUAACAGGACAAGAGGACACAGACUUAAGGGAGAUUUAGGUUGGACAUCAGGGAGAAGCUCGUCAGAGAGAGUGAUUAUCUAUUGGAAUGGACUGCUCCAGGGAGGCGGUGGAGUCACCGUCCCUGGAGGCGUUUAAGGAACUUAAACAUUUAGUGCUAUGAUCUAGUUGACCUGGUGGUGUUCAGUCACAGGUGAGACUCGAUGAUUUCACAGGUCUCCUCCAACCUAAUCGAUUCUGUGACUCUGUGGUGCUGCGGGGGCGAGGGGGGCGCAGCUGCCUGAUGGGAGUAAGUUAGACGUAACCCUAACUCUAGGUGGAGCAGUGAAAAGAGCCUUGGGCUGAGUAAGUCGCCAAACAAAAACUUAUGGAGAGAGCUAUUUAGUGGCAGUUUUCUUCUCCGUUUGGCAGGUCAAUUGUAGCUGCACAGUUCCUGGAGCUCUGGGCUUUGAGGUUUUCGGAACCCUAACCCUAGGCAUAACCCUAACCCAAGGUGAGGCAGUGAAAAGAUGCUUGUGCUGUGUGCUGAUUCCUGUAAGUCUGAGAGAGUUUCAGCCUGUCAGUGGCUGAUCUGUUCCCAAGGGAGAGUCUCGAGAGCAGCUCUCGAUCAAGGACUAUUAUUGUAAAUACUCUAAUUUUUCUCAAAACAGUUCUGUGCAGCUGUGGUUAGUGUGUUUUCUUUUGUCCCACCAAUGGGACAGAGAGGUGGUGAUCCCUUUACCUAUCAUGUUAAACCUGUAGCGUAAUACCCUAUAAAAAGCUGAAAAGUUCGGAUAAUAAAGCUUUUUUGACCAUCUCCUUCGCGUGUUGCAUGGAAUCCACACUUCUACUUCGUGUCCAACUGUGACAUCUGGCGCUCACCGUGGUAUUGCAGCAACUGGCUAGAAGAUAAGGGAGUAAUUCAUGGAUGUGAUAGAAGCCGCCAGCUCCAGAAUGUCUUCACGAGCCAUCUCAGACGCCGGUUCCGACCCAGGAGACUGGUCUGACCCAGAAGACAUUCUCCUGGACCAUGACACACGGGAAACCGCAGCGGGAGUGGUCCAGGUAACUAAAUGACCAUGGAAUCUGGAGCAGAGAACCAGCAGAGUGGAGAUGCAGCCGGUACAGAGGCAGAAACCCAACAGAUGACAGUACAGGCACAACCACAGAUUGCAACGUUAGCCCAGGUAUCUAUGCCAGCAGCUCACGCAACAUCUUCUGCACCCACGGUGACCUUAGUUCAGCUGCCCAAUGGGCAGACGGUUCAAGUGCAUGGAGUAAUUCAGGCUGCCCAGCCAUCAGUUAUUCAGUCUCCACAGGUCCAGACAGUUCAGAUCUCCACUAUAGCAGAAAGUGAAGAUUCCCAGGAAUCAGUAGACAGUGUCACAGACUCACAGAAACGAAGAGAAAUUCUGUCCAGACGACCCUCCUACAGAAAAAUUUUGAAUGACUUGUCCUCAGACGCCCCAGGAGUGCCAAGGAUCGAAGAAGAAAAGUCUGAAGAGGAAACAGCAGCACCUGCCAUCGCCACUGUUACGGUGCCAACUCCCAUUUACCAAACCAGCAGUGGGCAGUACAUUGCCAUCACCCAGGGAGGAGCAAUACAGUUGUCUAACAAUGGCACAGAUGGAGUACAAGGUCUCCAGACAUUGACAAUGACCAAUGCAGCUGCAACUCAACCUGGCACCACCAUUUUACAAUAUGCACAGACCACAGAUGGACAGCAGAUACUUGUACCCAGCAACCAAGUUGUCGUACAAGCUGCCUCAGGAGAUGUGCAGACCUACCAGAUCCGCACCGCCCCGACCAGCACCAUUGCACCAGGAGUAGUCAUGGCAUCCUCCCCAGCACUUCCGACCCAGCCGGCAGAAGAGGCUGCACGGAAGAGAGAAGUGCGUCUAAUGAAGAACAGAGAGGCAGCACGUGAAUGUCGCAGGAAGAAAAAGGAGUAUGUGAAAUGUCUAGAAAAUCGAGUGGCUGUGCUUGAAAACCAAAACAAGACACUGAUUGAGGAGUUGAAAGCACUUAAGGACCUUUACUGCCACAAAUCAGAUUAAUUUUGGAUUCUCAUUUUCACUUGUCCAGGUGGGAUAGAGACUGGUUCUGGCUAUACCCAGAAAGACAAAGUAAACUUUUUAUUUUCUAAACAUUUCUUUUUUUCUAUGCGCAAAACUGCCUGAAGCAACUACAGAAUAUACUUCAUUUGUGCUUUGCAUCAAACUGUGAAUGUUCAAGUACUUGCCUCCACUUCUCCCCUUACAAGAUGAAUUUCAUCAUCAAUCUCAGCGUGAAGAAGAACAGGCUUCUUUCUCGUCUCCCGAUCCUCUUCAAGGAGUAACAGUGGUCACUUGGGAAGUUACUGUGGGGAGGGUCCUUUUGUAAAGAUGUCAAGAAUUCGUGCUGAGCUCUUUCCAUUGCCUUAGAGACAGAACCACCCCAGCCUCUUGGUCCAGAGAACUGUGGGCCGCAUAGGUGGAGCAUGCAUGGUACAAUGAAGAAGCAAUGGUUGCCAAAUUGGUUUCACACGUUCAUGCUGAACUGCACAAAUACACAGCUGAGCAGCAUGCCAGACGAAGGGCACUUCACUGUCCUGUUCUUGGUGUGGAGAUAACAGACCUUUUUCAGACUAGCCCAGGAGGGGGUUUGAUUUGCAGUCUGUAUUAAGCCCUCCUGGACUAGUAAAACCCUCUCCAUACCUCAGAAACAAAUGCAUUGAGAUGAGCUUCACUGGUCAGUUGUUGCUACUCAUAGUUUAUGUGUGCAAGUGCUUUCAGCAUUCUGAACGCACAGAAAACAGACACCAAAUUCAUAGGAUAUAGGUUGGGAAAUGAUAUUUGGAUGGGAAAGAAAAUUGUUUUAAAAAGAUGCAAUCGUGAUGUUCUGAAAACAGUCACAUAGUAAACAGGGGUAACACAUGAAAGCACUACCUAUUUGUAUGCAGAACAACUAAGCAGUUGAAGCAUGGCCAACUCCACUUAAGGACUCCCUGACGACAGUAUGGUCUGUGUCCCAAGUCCUCUCACGCAAUGAGGUUGUUUUUAUUUCCCUGCCACUGACUUAUGCAAUGGAAAUUAUUGUACUCAAUAGAAAUAUCAGCCUGGUUUGCUAAAUUCUUUUUUGAACUUUGAGGCUACCUUCUAUACAUAAAUUAAUUUACAGUAUGACAACUACUAGGACAACCUCAAAUAUUAAAGAGGACUUCAAACACAGAUAGAUAUUCCAACUUGUGCUUUGCAAGGAACAAUACUGAUUAUUUGAGCCUGGCCAGGUUAGCUAAACUCUUAAUUUAUUUGGGGUAUUUUUUCAUGGAAAGGGUCAAAUUUACUGAGUAACCUAUUCCUGCAACUAAAAUUACACAUGUGCCUCAGAUCAGUUUGCAAGAUCAAUUUUUUUUUUUCUGUGCACUGAGGAACUGUGAUCUUUCCCAUAUUUAUGGUGUUAAAAAAGGUAGUUAAUAUUUAAAAAAAACCUCUGUACUAAGCAUUUGGACUUCAAAAUAAUCAUGCUCAAAAGGAACCAAAAAAGAACAUCAAGAAGUUGUCCAAAAGAAUGUGUCCAAAAGAAUCAUGGACGGUUUGUGUACUGGCCCUCUUGAAGCCAGUCUCUCUCAUUGUGUUAACUUGGGUCAUUUGAUGGAAGAAGUUUACUUUGGGCUUUUGGUCAAACUUUUAUGUCUAGAAACACAUGGAUAAGGCUCUGGUCUAUACUAAUGCCUUGCCUAGCAGAGUAUUAGCUAAUAUUUUUUCCCAUUCACUCUAUCUCUUUUUAAGAUAAAUUUCAUACAUUAGCUUCUAAAAGGUUAUACAGUCAGUGUGACGUUAUAAGAAAAAUACUGGGUAGUUGAGUCUCAAACACCUAAGCAGUAUUAAAAGUUCUAGAUUUCUCAUUUGAGAGGGCAUUCAGUUUCCAAGAGACUUAAUUUAAAAGGAGCAGGGUUAAACUUACAGAAUUCUCAUUAAAUCUAAAGUUAUCAAGAAAUUCAAAUUACACUCGUAUUUCAAGAAGAGAACAUAAGUAUCAGAAAUAUUAAAUAAUUCACUUUCACAAGUUUUGUGGGUGUUUAUAAAUGGUCUAUUUUUAUCUGCCAUAGAGAGUUGAUUUUUGUGGUUUUAUUUAAUGGGAGAUGAAUCUAUUAGUUUAGCAAUGCAGAUUUAAAGAAGACCCUAAGUUCUCAGCAGUGCUUUUAUAAAAAAUUUCUGAUUCUUAAAAUCAGUGAACACAAAUGCAUAAAACGGUUACAUUUUCCAGAACGAGUACUGAAGUAGAAAUGUUGAUAAUACAGGAAUCAUUCUUGUAAAACAUGAAGCUCAUGGUGGCCUCAUUUGCAAUUACAUGGAAUGGUUCCUCCAGCUUUGAGAAGCACAAGAAAGGCUGUAUAUGCCCACAUUAAGGCUGUUUCUUUUGUAGAACAUCUGUUUGCAAAAACGUGAGGUUUUGCUGUGAACCUGGGCAAGGCGAGCUGGGUGCUGAGAGCUGUGUCUAGUGGGUAAUGAACACUGUCCAGAGCUUGCUGAUAAUCACUGGGCAGAAAGCCUGGGGGCUGAAUGGGCAUGGGAGCCUAAAGCAGUGCCCAGGUGGGGUUCUCCUAGUACACGGUUUCUGCAAAUUUGUGUGGCAGUGAGAGGAGAACUGUGUUACCUGUUUGUCUGUGUGUGGUCUGCAAGUGGCCUGUAGUGGUUUUAGCCUAGACUUCAUUAGCAAAUAACGUUUUACUAAGAAAAGGAAUGUAAUUCAAAGUACAUAGGGGUCUGCAAGAAUCUUUAUUUUUAUUUAUGCUGCACUGAGGAUUUAGGGACACAAAUUUAUUUAAUGAAAAUUAUAGAUUACAAUAAUAAAAAAUGUAUUAGACCAAGUACAGGGCUGGCUAGGCUACCCAUACAUGCUUUACUAUUCAUAUUGACCCAAAAAGGGAAAGAAUGUGACACAGGAAUCCAUUCCUAUGUUAUUUACCAAGAAGUGAGGUUGGGGUAAUAAGCUUCUAUAAACUAAGGCCAUUUGGAAGUAGGAUGGAAUUAUGCUGACAAGGGGGAGGGAGGAUUAGUUUUAUAUCUCACGGUUGUGAGUUUUCAAGAACUGAUAGACUGUUUUACCUGAAGAGAGGGUUAGAAAGGGCUAGAUCCGUUAUGUUCAUAAUAAACAAGAAUUGGUUUGAAAUAUAA